AUGAUAAACCAUCAAAGCAUCAUAGAGGAACCAUAUAUUAUGCUGAAGAAAACAGAUUCCGAGAAAGUGCUUAUUGGAAACGAUCAAUACGAAGGUUACUGCAAGGAUCUCGCGGAUUUAAUUACUGCUGAGCUGGGAAUCAAAUGUAGAUAUUUAUUUAACGAGUUGAGGAUUGUUCGAGACGGUAAAUACGGUACAGAGAGCCCGGAUACUCCAGGUGGUUGGGACGGAAUGGUCGGCGAGCUUAUCAGAAAGGAAGCGGACAUAGCAAUUGCGCCAAUGACAAUUACGUCUGAACGUGAACGUGUAAUAGAUUUCAGUAAACCAUUCAUGUCACUCGGCAUUAGUAUAAUGAUCAAAAAACCAAUAAAGCAAAAGCCUGGAGUUUUUAGCUUUUUAAAUCCACUCAGCAAAGAGAUUUGGGUCUGCGUUAUUUUUUCCUACAUCGGCGUCUCCAUUGUUCUCUUUAUCGCAAGUAGUAUAAGCAUUACUAAGUUUUCGCCGUAUGAAUGGCGACUGAUCCAAUUGAGUUCUGGCGGAGAUCCAUCACUCGGCCGGGGUGAUCCGAGUCUCCAACAUCCUCAUCAAAACCAGACCUCACUGCAUUCACCGAACCCGUGCAUGGCCAAUGAUUUUAGUAUUCUCAACAGUAUGUGGUUUUCUCUCGGAGCUUUUAUGCAACAAGGCUGUGAUAUUUCUCCAAGAUCAAUGUCCGGGAGGAUCGUCGGUUCCGUCUGGUGGUUCUUUACAUUGAUUUUAAUAUCCUCGUACACUGCUAACUUGGCAGCCUUUUUAACGGUCGAGAGAAUGGUUUCUCCCAUUAACUCCCCGGAAGAUUUAGCUGCGCAAACAGAAGUCGAGUACGGGACUCUGCAAUACGGAUCUACCUGGGAUUUUUUCCGGAAAUCACAAAUAAGCUUGUACAGCAAAAUGUGGGAGUAUAUGAACGCUCGUAAUCAUGUCUUUGUCAAAACAUACGACGAGGGUAUAAAAAAAGUAAGAGCGAGCAAAGGAAAAUAUGCGUUGCUGAUAGAAAGCCCCAAAAAUGAUUACAUAAAUGAACGCGAGCCUUGUGAUACCAUGAAAGUAGGACGGAAUCUUGACACAAAGGGAUUUGGUAUUGCGACACCUAUCGGUUCACCCUUGAGAGAUAAAAUAAAUUUAGCAGUGCUCUCGCUGAUCGAAACCGGGGAACUGGGAAAGCUGAUGAACAAAUGGUGGUUCGACAGAACCGAGUGUCGCCAUGGGGACAAACAAGACGCGCGUAAUGAACUAUCCUUAAGCAAUGUCGCUGGAAUAUUUUAUAUACUUAUCGGUGGAUUGUUGCUGGCCCUCGCAGUUGCUCUCGUUGAAUUUUGCUAUAAAUCACACACCGAAGCCACUCGAGCUAAGAUCUCACUGUCAGACGCCAUGAAAGCCAAAGCGCGCUUAACUAUCGGUGGUGGUCGCGACUUCGACAAUGGCCGGCAAUAA